GGUCUCCCGAAACUGGGUAGCCCAACCCCAUCAACAUCCCCCGCUUUCCCAGAGUAUGGCUAUUGGCUUCCAAAUUCCAAUUCCAAAGCAAACCAAUAAGGCAAUAACAUUUCCCACGCUCUAUCGUUGCCGAAUGUUCCUCCCCCACUCAUUCCCUCUCUCCAUCGCCUAUUUAUAGUUCCUUCUUCUUCAAUUUGGUUUUUCUCCCGACACACACACCACCCCGUAGAUCCAUAGGAAACAAACCCUUACCAAUAGAAUGAGGGAAAUCCUUCACGUUCAAGGAGGACAAUGUGGAAACCAGAUCGGAGCCAAGUUUUGGGAAGUCAUCUGUGGCGAGCAUGGCGUCGACCAGACGGGAAAAUACAAAGGCGAAUCUUCCGAUCUUCAACUCGAGAGGAUCAAUGUCUAUUUCAAUGAAGCCUCCGAAGGACGAUAUGUUCCCAGGGCUGUUCUUAUGGAUCUCGAGCCCGGGACCAUGGACAGCAUCCGAUCCGCACCCUACGGUGAGAUCUUCCGACCUGAUAAUUUCGUUUUCGGACAGUCCGGUGCCGGCAACAACUGGGCUAAAGGUCACUACACCGAAGGUGCCGAGUUGAUCGAUUCCGUUCUUGACGUUGUUCGUAAGGAGGCAGAGAACUGUGAUUGUUUGCAAGGUUUUCAGGUAUGCCACUCUCUCGGAGGUGGCACAGGUUCCGGGAUGGGAACUCUGUUAAUUUCGAAAAUGAGGGAGGAGUACCCGGACAGGAUGAUGCUUACAUUUUCAGUCUUUCCCUCUCCAAAAGUCUCCGACACAGUCGUAGAACCCUACAAUGCUACGCUGUCGGUUCACCAACUGGUGGAGAAUGCGGAUGAAUGCAUGGUCCUUGAUAACGAAGCACUGUAUGACAUCUGCUUCAGGACCUUAAAGCUUACUAAUCCGAGCUUCGGCGACCUGAACCACUUGAUUUCUGCAACUAUGAGUGGGGUGACUUGCUGCUUGAGGUUCCCGGGCCAGUUGAACUCAGAUCUGCGGAAACUGGCGGUGAACCUUAUUCCAUUCACUCGCCUCCACUUCUUCAUGGUGGGCUUUGCCCCACUGACCUCUCGUGGAUCCCAGCAGUACAUAUCUCUCACCGUGCCGGAGCUGACGCAGCAGAUGUGGGAUGCAAAGAACAUGAUGUGUGCCGCAGACCCUCGCCAUGGUCGCUACCUGACUGCCUCGGCCAUGUUCAGGGGGAAGAUGAGCACCAAGGAGGUAGACGAACAGAUGAUUAACGUGCAGAACAAGAAUUCGUCGUAUUUUGUUGAGUGGAUACCCAACAAUGUGAAGUCGAGCGUUUGUGACAUCCCUCCUACCGGUAUGAAAAUGGCAUCAACAUUCGUAGGAAACUCGACAUCGAUUCAAGAGAUGUUCAGGAGGGUGAGCGAGCAGUUCACAGCGAUGUUCCGUCGAAAGGCCUUUUUGCACUGGUACACAGGAGAGGGGAUGGACGAGAUGGAGUUCACAGAGGCUGAGAGCAACAUGAACGACUUGGUUUCGGAAUACCAGCAAUACCAGGAUGCCACCAUUGAAGAUGACGAAGAAGGCGAAUAUGAGGAAGAAGAGAACUACGAGGGCUGAAGCGUGUCGACCACUUGCCAAAUUCAAAGGAGAAAACAACUGCUAACGUUACACUUUCCCUGUUUGCCGCGAAGUCAUAGCCAUUGGGUUUUAAUUCAAGCAUGUGAAUAAAGAAUUGUCGUUUUUCUACAUUUAGAAAUUUCUGGUUUAUGUGACUCCAUAUAUAAGAUUGAGUUUGGAGAGGAAAAUUUUCUAGGUCGCACAGGUUGGUACAAUGUGGUGUGAGAAUGCCCUCGCACUUCUCAAUUGGAAAUUGGUAUCACCUGUGGUGUGAAGUUGUGAACUAGCUAUCUCCAGUAUUUUCAUCGGAUUCCUGUGCUUGUACA